CCUCUCGAAGAAAUUAAGGUCCGCGACCUCAGACAUGGGCUCUCAGUCUCUUGUCCAUGUCUUCUUGGUCUCCUUCCCAGGUCAAGGUCACGUCAACCCUCUUCUCCGGCUCGGCAAGCGCAUCGCCUCCAAGGGCCUCCUCGUCACCUUCUGCACUCACGAAAGCUGGGCUAUACAGAUGAGAAAAGCUAGCAACACCACCGACGAGCCAGCUCCCGCCGGCGACGGCUUCAUCCGGUUCGAGUCAUUCGACGACGGUUGAUCCGAGUACGAGCCCAGA